AUGGUCGGCGUCGCAACAGCAGGCGGCCUUAGUCAAGCAGCUCAGCUUCGAGCUGCGUACCAAGCCAAGUCGGGAUGGGCGGGCCUCGUACACAAUCGCAAGGUAUUCGCGAUUGCGGUCUUUGCGUCGCUAGGCGGAUUGCUAUAUGGUUACAACCAAGGUGUAUUCUCCGGUGUCCUAGACAUGUACACGUUCAAAGCCCGAAUGGGAACUGCGGUCUCCGAUCCUGACACUAAGGGAUGGCUAGUAUCAAUCUUGGAAUUGGGGGCCUGGUUCGGCACCCUCCUCACCGGUUAUCUGGCGGAUAAGCUCGGGCGAAAGCACACAAUUCUUGCAGCUGUCUGUGUCUUCUGCAUCGGUGUGGUUGUACAGACGGCAGCUUACAGGCCAUCCUCAAUUUACGCUGGACGAUUUAUCACCGGUUUGGGAGUCGGGUCGCUCAGUAUGGCUGUUCCCCUCUACAACGCCGAGCUUGCUCCUCCGGAAGUACGAGGUAGCUUGGUCGCCUUACAACAGCUAGCCAUUACGUUCGGUAUAAUGAUUUCUUUCUGGAUCGAUUACGGAACGAACUAUAUUGGCGGAACAACGGCAGGGCAGAGUGAGGCUGCCUGGCGGAUCCCCCUGGCCCUCCAGCUCGUUCCAGCGCUUAUCCUGGGUUGCGGUGUUAUGUUCAUGCCAUUUUCGCCUAGGUGGCUGGUUAAUCAAGGACGUGAUGAGGAGGCCCUCGUGGUUCUUAGCAACGCAAGAUCUCUACCGAUGGAACACGAGCUCAUACAGAUCGAAUUCUUGGAGAUCAAGGCUCAGUAUCUGUUCGAGAAAGAGACAUCAGAGAUGAAGUACCCUCAAUACCAGGACGGCUCCUUCAAGUCUGACUUCAAGCUCGGCCUCUUCGGGUACAUGAGCUUGCUCGGUAACAGAGCCCUGCUUUACCGACUAGCGGUUGCAAGCCUUACCAUGUUCUUCCAGCAAUGGACAGGUGUCAACGCCAUCCUGUACUACGCUCCAUCCAUCUUCCAGGAUCUUGGCUUGGGUGGUAACACUAUAUCGUUGCUGGCCACUGGAGUUGUCGGCAUAGUCAUGUUCCUGGCCACUAUUCCGGCCGUCAUAUGGGUAGACAAGCUUGGGCGGAAACCGGUCUUGAUUUCGGGCGCCAUGAUCAUGGCCGCCUGCCAUAUCAUCAUCGCCAUCCUUGUCGGCUUAUUCCACAAUUCCUGGGAAACGCACCCUGCUGCUGCCUGGACAGCUUGUGUCUUUGUUUGGCUGUUCGCCAUUGGAUUCGGUUACUCCUGGGGUCCAUGCUCCUGGAUUGUCGUGGCGGAAAUCUGGCCUCUGAGUGUCCGUGGAAAGGGUAUCUCAAUCGGCGCGUCGUCUAACUGGAUGAACAACUUCAUCGUCGGCCAAGUAACCCCAACGAUGCUCACUCACAUCGGAUUCGGGACUUUCGUGUUCUUUGGCGCAUUCUCGUUUGUUGGAGGGUUGUUCAUCCUCUUUUGCGUGCCCGAGACAAAGGGUCUGACCCUCGAAGAGAUGGACGACGUCUUCGGGUCUGAAGGCCUCGCUGCUGCUGACCAGCAGCGCCACGAUGCCAUUGCCAGACGUAUAGGCCUUGAAAGCUACAUCACCGGCCAUGCGCCGCACUCUGGCAGCCAGGAGAAGAUGACCGUCGAGAUGAAGGAGCCCUAA